GUAAAGAGAAUACAUCAGCACCAAAAAAGAAAACUCAACCCUGCUUUUUCUUCAACAACCAAUGUAUCUAUAUAUCUAUAUAUAUAGAGAGAGAAGAAAAGCAGAAAAGCAGAAGAAAAAGAGAGAGAGAAGGCUGCCGGACACUGGUUCUGACUAGGGUGAAGGGAAGGGAAACAUGGCGGAUGGAGGAGAUAUAUCUUUGUCAAGACAAAACGAAGAAGAUAAUAGCAUGGAGAGAAUAUCAGGAAGAAAUAAUAAUAAUAACAAUAACAAUAGCGACGAAACUAACGGCAAAAUAGAAAUAUCUUUAGCGACGGCGUCGUCGAUGUUUCCGGGGUUCCGGUUUUCGCCGACGGACGAGGAGUUGAUAUCGUAUUACCUCAAGAAGAAAGUGGAAGCGUUGGAUGAGCGCGUGGAAGUCAUCCCUGAGGUCGAGAUUUGGCGGCAUGAGCCUUGGGACUUGCCAGGCAAGUCAGUGGUGCAAUCAGAUAAUGAGUGGUUUUUCUUUUCGCCUUGUGGAAGGAAGUACCCGAAUGGAUCACAGAGUAGGAGGGCAACUGAAUCUGGGUACUGGAAGGCCACAGGAAAGGAAAGGAAUGUAAAGUCUGGUUCAAAGGUGAUUGGGACUAAAAGGACCCUAGUGUUCCACGUUGGUCGUGCGCCUAAAGGACAGAGGACACAAUGGAUAAUGCAUGAGUAUUGCAUUGGUGAAAAAGAAUAUCAGGAUUCCAUGGUUGUCUGUCGGCUUCGGAAGAAUAAUGAAUUUCAUUUGAAUGACACCCUGGGAAAUUCGAGGAAUAAGUCCAUUGUGAAUACUAGCAACAACGCCUUUUCUGAACUAGAAUACACUGGCGGUUUGGGAGGACUAAAUGCUGGAGAUAGCUGCUCAAAGGAGUGUAGCAGUAGUUUAAAUUCUCAUUCAGUUGAGCAAAUUGACCCCGGAUUCGAUUGUGAUUUGGUUAAUGAGAUCUCUCAGUGUGGUUCUUCAAGUCACCACAAGGAUGAUGGCAAUGCAGAGGACUGGUUUGCAGAUAUAAUGAGAGAUGACAUUAUUAAACUAGACGAUACUUCAUUAAACGCCUCUCUAGAUGUCUUGUCAGUAAGCAACAAGAAGCCUGGACUAGAUAUAAAGCCAAAGCAACCAUCUCAAGGGUUGAUGCCCCAUGUGCUUCCGUUUCAAGGCACAGCAAAUCGGAGACUAAGACUAAGAAGAGACAGAGUAGCGUUCUUUGAGACAUCAUGGAAUGAAGCAUAUGAAAUCAAGAAUGCGAAUAUCCAUCCCCAGAAGAUAUCCCGAUCAGAUAAGAAGCAAUUUUCAAGACGUUUUAUUAGCCUAAGGCUGAAAAGCUUGUCUAUUUACAUUGUUCUAGUUAGCCUUGUAUUACUAUUUCUGUUUCUCUCUUCAUUAGAAGGAUCCUACCCAGUAAAAUGGUUUAGAGGCUUUCUCCUUUAAAGAACAGGACUUUAAUUAGUACCAGACUGGAAU